AUCCUUACUUCUCUCGCACUAUAAUAUCAGACCAAAUCUGAAGAACAUGAAGAGACAAACGCCGCUGUACUGCGCGAUCUUAGGUAUCGAUGUAUUGGAUUUGUCGACUCGGAGCUCGAUUUCUGCGAGUACCGGCACAGAGGAGAAUACUAGCAUGUACGACAGCACUUAUACGGAUGUCGACUGCGACUCUGCCAGGUCGUGGAAGGCGAUUGUGAGCCUUCUUCUUGCGCACAAUGACAUUCGAGUCGAUUUGAAAGACGACAACGGAUUGACACCAUUGAUGCUUGCUCGCUCUCUUGAGCUUUAGAGUUUAGUUCUAUAGACGAAAGACAAAACCGCGUUGAACGGAUGCACACAAUUUGGAGCAGAGUACCAUCAAUAAUAGGCAUGACGAUCGCUGGUCAUCAGAGAAUACAUAAGAUAGAUAUUGCG